AUAAAGAGUCUCUCAAUUUUGACUGAACGAGAAAAACUCUCGACAUCGUCAAGCGUACCUCGUGUUUGCUGCAGGUGGGUUCGGGCUAUAGCCACACUAGCGGGCCUAACCGCCGUAGUCUCCGGCGUCAACUCUCUUGCCGAAGGUGAACCAUGGCUCUGGGUUCGCUGCCAAUCUGCCCCGUGUCCAUGCUUUGCUUUCCACCUGAGACCCGGUAGUUUGGAUGCUGAUAAUCAGGUCCGGCGUCUGACGUGGUAGACAUGCAUGACUUCCCUGUCAGCAUGCAUGCGUGAUGUUCGAGGGCAAGACGCCGCGAAAAUCUCGCUUAUGCUCCUUAGCGCAUGGAUGCGAAACAAGGAUGCAUCUCCACUCUCGAGGGGGCUGGAUGAAUGCGGCGAGGUACAUUAGAUAGCCCGCUCUUCAUCCCUUUCAGCUUGGCUUGCUGUACUCCGUGGUCACCUGCGACUACAGUCUUCGUCUUCUCGCGACUGUUUGCCGGUCUGAUGACGUCGAGCGGUUGACAGGAUCCGCUCGCACAAAUUCGGGCUCCAUCCAAGGCUCCACGAUUGUUCAGGCUUCCCGAGCGUCACUCGUGCAUAUUGCCUGGAUCAAAUGAGCCCGCCAUGAUAGCAUGAGAUUAUUGGUCGGCCGCUAAUAACAGUCAUAUACCAAACGCGUCUGCUAUUCUUGAUUGGGACCAUGACCCAUUCCAGGGGCUCUUAGCUUACUCCGUAGAGCGACGAACGACAAUGAAAGGAGCGGUGAGAAGGGAGGUGGGCGCAAGCUGAUAGGCAGAGAGAAGCCCAUUAAGAAGGAACAAAAAAUGAUGAAAAAGGGAAAAGGAAAAGGGAAAAGGAAUGAAAAUCGAGGACCAAGCACGCCGCAAUUUUGAAGGAGCCACUAGAAAUUUAGCCAGGCCGAUAUACUCCGUAUUGCCCUGUUGAUCCCUUUCUUACCUCUUUGCAAUCCAAGCCACCGGCCAUCAGCGCCCCCACCGGCCAUUCAAUGCCGUCAUUGACUGCAGUAUCUGAGGGGUCCGUUCUUGCGAUCGAGAGAGAAUCGGAGAACUCGACGGUAACUAUUCUCACUCAAACAACGGCGGUGGGACCAGGUUAGUAUAGACUGACGAUGUCAUUCAAGUCCGUUCUAAGGGCAACAGAGGUUGCACAGUGUACACUGUAUGACGGCGGGGAACGCAUUGGCUCUAAUUUCGACCGACUCCUUAGUUGGUCGAGAUUUUCCGCCUCUUGAUGAGGGAUUGAAUUUUGCGCCAACGCCCAACUUUGUAGGCCCUUUCUUCCCCGUUCCCUAGGCCUUUCGCUCGUGUGGGCGUGCACAUCCAAGAGUACCGUUGCAUCAGCGCAAGCCAACCAGAAAUCCAAUAGGAGGCUUGCACAUCCUCGUUCUAGAUAUGCAAUAUGGUUAUGCAUACGCCUAGGGCUUAGGAGAAUUCCGGGUUGCUGCAGUUCUCGGGCUUGGUUUGUGAGACGCAGGGAUCCAGAAAUUUCUGUAGACACGAGCUGAGUCUAGUGCUAACACCAAAGCCUUCCCUCUCGGUCCACACAAAUGAGCCAGCCAACAAGCAUACAUUUGGCGUCCCAAGGAGCCGACUCAGGCUGAGAGGGAAAAGGAGAGGGGAAGAAGGGCGUGUCGUCCAAUUCUUGACACCGUCUCGUCCUGACAGACUUAGCGGGCGAAGCCCAGUCCCCCUGGUAAAGGCUAGUUCUAUGUCGAAAUCCGUCGGUAUCGGGGCCCCUCCGGAAGGCACCACCAAGUGACCCCUCCUCCCCUGCAAACUGCUUCGAUGUAAUCAUGGGAUUUCCAGAGGGUGAACGCGUAUUUCCUUUUGGUCAGUGGACAUGACCAUUGCCCUAGUGGCCCGUGGGACGCAGCGUAGUGCAGAAGACAGACUUUCCUCGCUCCAGUUUGGCCAUUCUUGUUGCUGCUUGGGUUUCUGGAGGGGUGUUUCAGAGCCCUUUCUCUGCCAAUGAUUUGUUUGCUCCCUUCAGAAGCCAGACAAAACCUGGGCUGAGCGGAUUUUUCUACCGUCCGCACAUUUUAGUACGAACGUUGAGGCCCGCAUAGAAAUUACUCCAGUCUUCUAUGGAGGGCAUUGUAUUCGCACCCUGCUCGUGCCCGGCGGUACUUUUACCGUCGCCAAAAUUCCUGUGCCGCAUCGAUCGAUCGCUUCGAAGAAACCGAUCUCCGUGCCCACAUUAUAAUUAAUCCCCUGUCCAUUGUCAACCAUACAAAGAAACACUCGGCGAUGAGUCCUCUAUGUGGCCUCUGAACGUUGUUAUUGAUUCGUACCGACAUCACAUUUGUCAAAGACACACGUCCGACUCAGAAAUAAAAUGACGUACCAAGCCUGGCAUUCAACCAUAGGCAGAUGAUACAAACUGACUGCUUUUCUUUGAUGUCAAGGAGCCCUGAUUCGCAAACGGAGGAAUUAGACGACAUAUACCGCGAUACGGUGACCAUCCAUCGACGUGAAUAUCAAAAAUACUCCAUCGACCACCAGAUAUCCUUUCAGCCGGUGGAUGAAGUAAGUUCAGACGGGCAACCCAGCCAGCCCCUAACUGAUGACUGUGUCCACCAGGAGGAAGCGGAACGCCUCGAUCUUCAACACCGGAUUUUCAACCGGGUUUUUGACAACCGCUUGAUUUUUCCGCCGAUCCCUCAGCCUCAACAGAUUCUCGACUGUGGUUACGGCACCGGAUCAUGGGCCAUCGAAGUUGCGGAGCAGUACCCAGACUGCGAUGUAAAAAAACCCAAACUGUGACAAUAUGAAGAGACGCAGAUUUGCUCAUCGGCACAACCCAACAGGUCAUCGGUCUGGACAUAUUCCCUCAUGCCAACUCAGACGAUAUCCCGGAGAACCUGUGGUUACAGGUAAGUCGAGACAAUUUUCACUUGUGCCUUCGGGGGUGUGGCGGCCACAUGGUUUGCCAAUAAGCAUGUCUUCUUGCUUAUGAUAUGCCUCAUUUGUCCCUGAAAGAGCGAUGGGAAAGACAGAUGUAAGAUGAUAUCGCUAACUUAUCAUCACAUAGGUCGAUGACUUGAACCGCCCGUUUACCUUCCCCUCUAACCAUUUCGACCUUGUGCAAUCGAGAAUGCUUGCGACAGGAAUCAACAAAGAUCGGUGGCCAUCUUAUAUUAGGGAUAUUAAAAGGUCUAGUGUUCGAUUGGGUUCGUGUCUCGCCAUCGUGGACUGACCUCAGACUCGUACAGAGUCCUUAAACCGGGAGGCUGGGUACAGUUAAUCGAGAUAUAUUUCAACGUCCAAUCCGAUAACGGCUCGAUCACAGAGCGGAACGCGUUGAGGCAGUGGAGUUCUCAGCUCAUGGGGUCUCUCGAAGAGACAAAAGACCUUCGCGUAGGUACACGGCUGAGAACCCUUCUGGCUGCCGAGGGGUUACAGGAGGUCGAUGCGAGGAUGAUCCCACUUCCUUUAUGUGCAUGGUCCACUGGUAAGCCUCAAUGGCAAGGAUACAACCUCGUAAUAUGAUCCAUUGACAGCCGAACAGAUCCACGGAUGCAGAAUAUCGGCGAAAUGAAUCGUGGAAAUACCCAGAGACUGCUCUCGACAUUGGCACUUUACCCCUUUACUCAGAAGCUGGAUAUGUCUUUGGACCAAUUCGAGGAUUUCAUCGCACGGGCACGAGGAGAGGCUGAUACCGUUGGUCUGAAAGCGUACUUUCCAUUGUGAGUGUCCCAAACGCAACGCUCCUCGCAACAUGCUCAUGUCCUAGGUAUGUUUGCAUCGGACGAAAGGCCCGCUGAGAGAAUAGCUGAAGUGAGCGAGCGGGUUGAAAUGCCGGCAUUUUGUUCGAUGUCCGGGGUCUAGGCGAUCAUUGAUCUGACUAGGCUAGUUGAGCCACGAUGUUUCCCAUUCUCAGUUUAGAUAACACGGAUUUGGAAACCUGAGUUCCCCAACCAGUUCAAUUAUCGUCAGUUGCAAAGAAAUUUCUUUUGGCUUCCAGCAUGAGUCUUAUGAUCCACGGGCCUUCUAUGCUUGCAGAUAAGUCAUCCCGAUGAUGGUGUCACAGGCCGGGUCACAAUGACUAUUGUGGGCGGAGGGUGUCCUUCAUCGGAGACUAAUCGAGCACAAAAACCUGAGCCGAACUGCUUAUACUCCUUCCAGUAGAUCCACAAACUUGUGAGUCACUGUUGUGUUCCGGGACUCGCAUACUGGUGUCCCAAAUGCACGAUGGAAUCGAAGGCAGGGCAGUCGGAUCUGUUUAGACCGGCAGCACGUGGAGUCGCGCUAAUGCAUGGAUCGUCUUUCGAUUAUAGUUCACACGGACAUUCGCAGACUCGCGGUUCAACAUCGGUUCAAGCUGUAAUGGCACCGGCGCCAGGAACAAUCAAGGGUAUGGAGGGUCACUGCGACAGGCUAGUACUAUUCUUUCAAUAAGUGCGAGAAGUGGGUGGAUGGAUUGUGAAACAAGACAUCUAGCUCGUGGACCGUUCUGCUAACGAGCCUGCCAGGUCCAGAAGAAUACCCGUACGAGAUGACAGCCCGCCGAAGUUGACGACCUAGUCAAGAGGGGCAGACGAAGGGGAAAGGGCGAGGCAAGUGAGGGAGAAGAAAGAGGAGUGAAGGGGUAGCGAGAAGGGAAACGUUUCUCGGGACGGACCCAAACUCACGGGACAUGACUGACUCGAGCAAUAAACAACCCAAACUCCCCCCGUCGUCCGGACCAACUCCCACCAACAACCUCCUCCCACGACUGGGGACCGGCCCCAACGCAGUAUAUAAGCCUAUAUUGGGGGACUACCAGGUACUUUUCCAUCGUUCAUCUUCACAAAUGUCUGUCAGCAAAAUUAUCGACACCCAUCUCACCACGACAGACAAUUGACCGUCUACAGAGUCUUGGAUCGAAAUGAGAUACAUCGAUUUCGGUCAAGCAAAUGUUGGGUUAAUUUGCAUGCUGCAGUGGCCACCAAUUGACCCCAAUCGAUCCUCCUAAUUUCCUUGGGUUACGCCAUCAUCUACACUGGGGCCGUGCGAAUGGGGGAACGUCCAUGAUAUAACCUAACCGUCCAGUGGGUCUAGUGAGCCGCUGGCCUCGCCAAACCCCUGCUAGGGGAAGCGUCCAGGCGACAAGCUGGCCCAGGGUCACAAUUCAUUUCUCCGAUCAACAGCGGUCUAAAGCGUUAAUCAAUGGUCUAGAUCCAUCGAUCGUCCUCUCUCCCUCUGAAGCUCGUUUACCUCGAGACAGAAUUGGACGGUCCCCGAGUAAUGCCGAAUUCGGCGACGAGGCUGGGAUAGCAAGUUG